GGAGAGGCACGGGGACAGCAGAUGCGCUGGCUUUCACAGACGGGCUGGUCCCUUCUGCGCACUCGGACCCCGGGAAAGCAGCCUCCCCUUCAGGGUCGAGGAGCUCGGGACUUGGCAGGCGCCCUCCGUGCCUAGACCCGGGGGGAAGCGGGGGGUGCGAAGGCGGAGCCACCGGGCUGGCGACACCCCCCGAAGGUCCGGCCCUCGCCUGCCUUCCUGCUACCUUAGGGAGUUGGCGCGGGGCGCGGAAUCACCCUCUCCAUGAAAGGCAGAUGUCCCUUUAAGGUCUGCUUCGCCGCCCGUGGACUUUAGCCUAAACAAGGCCCCGCGGAGCUGGCUUUAUUUGUCCAUGUCUCGGACGGAGCCUGGGAGGCUGCCAGUGGGGUUUCAGAGCCCGGGAGCGCGAGGGGGGCGGCGAUGUGGCAAUCCGUCUGGGAUGCGAGCGGCGUGAGGCGCACUUAGAGGCGCUGCCGGGAAACACAGGAAACCGCGCCGGCUCGCGGGCGCCGGGGCCAGCGACCGAGCCCCCGCGCGCCGGGCAGAGGGGCCAGAGCGGCCAGAGCCCCGCGGCUCCCGCCGAGCCCUUGCCUGCGCGCCGGCGCGUCCCCGGGCGCCGCGGCCGCUGCGCCCAUGGCCCCCCGGCGCCGCGCCGGCCCGGGGGUCGCGGCCGCCUGCUGCUGGAUCCUCAGCGUUGUUCUAGGCUUCUGUGUAUCAUUCAAUGUUGAUGUGAAAAACUCAAUGACUUUCAGCGGCCCCGUGGAGGACAUGUUUGGAUAUACUGUUCAACAGUAUGAAAAUGAAGACGGAAAAUGGGUGCUUAUUGGUUCUCCUUCAGCUGGCCAACCCAAGAACAGAACUGGAGAUGUCUAUAAGUGUCCAGUUGGGAGAGGUGAAUCGUCACCUUGCAUAAAGUUGGAUCUACCAGUUAACACGUCAAUUCCCAAUGUCACAGAAGUAAAGGAGAACAUGACAUUUGGGUCGACUUUAGUCACCAACCCUAAGGGAGGAUUUCUGGCAUGCGGGCCCUUGUAUGCCUAUAGAUGCGGACAUUUGCAUUACACAACUGGAAUCUGUUCCGAUGUCAGCCCCUCAUUUCAAGUCGUGAACUCCAUCGCUCCUGUACGAGAAUGCAGCACUCAGCUGGACAUAGUCAUAGUGCUGGAUGGUUCCAACAGUAUUUACCCCUGGGAAAGUGUUACAGCUUUUUUAAAUGACCUUCUUGGAAGAAUGGAUAUUGGUCCUAAACAGACACAGGUUGGAAUUGUACAGUAUGGAGAAAACGUAACCCAUGAGUUCAACCUCAAUAAGUACUCAUCGACGGAAGAGGUACUUGUUGCAGCGAAUAAAAUAGUCCAGAGAGGUGGCCGCCAGACGAUGACAGCCCUUGGGAUAGACACAGCAAGAAAAGAGGCUUUCACUGAAGCCCGGGGUGCCCGAAGAGGGGUUAAAAAAGUCAUGGUCAUUGUGACUGAUGGAGAGUCCCAUGACAACCACCAGCUGAACAAGGUCAUCCAGGACUGUGAGGACGAAAGCAUUCAGCGGUUCUCCAUCGCUAUUCUUGGCAGCUAUAACCGAGGAAAUUUAAGCACUGAAAAAUUUGUGGAGGAAAUAAAAUCGAUUGCAAGUGAACCCACUGAAAAGCAUUUCUUCAAUGUCUCUGAUGAAUUGGCCCUAGUCACUAUUGUUGAAGCUCUGGGAGAAAGAAUCUUUGCCCUGGAAGCUACAGCAGACCAAUCGGCAGCUUCUUUUGAAAUGGAAAUGUCUCAGACCGGCUUCAGUGCUCAUUAUUCACAGGACUGGGUCAUGCUUGGAGCGGUAGGAGCCUAUGACUGGAAUGGGACAGUCGUCAUGCAGAAGGCUGAUCAAAUCCUCAUUCCCCAAAACACCACCUUUAACGUUGAGUCUACCAAGAAGAAUGAACCUCUUGCUUCUUAUUUAGGUUACACAGUAAACUCUGCCACUGUUUCUGGAGAUGUGCUCUACAUUGCCGGACAGCCACGGUACAAUCAUACAGGCCAGGUGGUCAUCUACAGGAUGGAGGCUGGAGACGUCAGGAUUCUCCAGACACUCAAUGGAGAACAGAUCGGUUCCUACUUUGGAAGUGUUUUAACGACAGUUGACAUCGAUAAAGAUUCGAAUACUGACCUUCUUCUAGUCGGGGCUCCCAUGUUCAUGGGGACAGAGAAGGAGGAACAAGGAAAGGUGUAUGUCUACGCUCUGAAUCAGACAAGGUUUGAAUAUCAAAUGAGCCUGGAACCCAUUAAGCAGACUUGCUGUUCAUCUCUGAAGCACAAUUCAUGCACAAAGGAAAACAAAAAUGAGCCAUGCGGGGCUCGUUUUGGAACAGCUAUUGCUGCUGUGAAAGACCUCAAUCUUGAUGGAUUUAAUGACAUAGUGAUAGGAGCUCCCCUGGAAGAUGAUCACGGGGGAGCCGUGUACAUUUAUCAUGGAAGUGGCAAGACGAUAAGGGAAGAGUAUGCCCAACGUAUUCCAUCAGGGGGAGAUGGCGAGACACUGAAAUUUUUUGGCCAGUCUAUCCACGGAGAAAUGGAUUUAAAUGGUGACGGUCUGACUGAUGUCACUAUUGGGGGCCUUGGUGGUGCUGCCCUCUUCUGGUCCCGAGAUGUGGCUGUAGUUAAAGUGACCAUGAAUUUUGAGCCCAAUAAAGUGAACAUUCAGAAGAAAAACUGCCAUGUGGAGGGAAAGGAAACAGUAUGCAUAAACGCCACCGUGUGUUUUGAUGUGAAAUUGAAGUCCAAAGAAGACACGGUUUACGAAGCUGAUAUGCAGUACCGUGUCACUCUAGAUUCUCUAAGACAGAUAUCACGGAGUUUUUUCUCUGGAACUCAAGAGAGGAAGAUUCAAAGAAACAUCACAGUUCGAGAAUCAGAAUGCACUAAGCAUUUCUUCUACAUGUUGGACAAGCACGACUUUCGGGACUCUGUGAGAAUAACUUUGGAUUUUAAUCUUACUGACCCAGAAAAUGGGCCCGUUCUUGAUGAUUCUCUACCAAAUUCAGUACACGAAUAUAUUCCCUUUGCCAAAGACUGUGGAAACAAGGAGAAAUGUAUCUCAGACCUCGCCCUGGAUGUGUCCAGCACAGAAAAGGGCCUGCUUAUUGUCAGGUCCCACAGUGAUAAGUUCAAUGUUAGCCUCACAGUCAAAAAUAAAAAGGACAGUGCCUAUAACACCAGAACCAUAGUGAAUUAUUCUCCAAAUCUGAUUUUUUCAGGAAUAGAGGCUAUCCAAAAAGACAGUUGUGAAUCCAAUCAUAAUAUCACGUGUAAAGUUGGAUAUCCUUUCCUAAGAAGAGGAGAAAUGGUAACAUUCAAAAUAUUAUUUCAGUUUAACACAACUUAUCUUAUGGAAAAUGUGAUCAUUCAUUUAAGUGCAACAAGCGACAGUGAAGAGCCACCUGAAGCCCUUUUUGAUAAUGAAGUAAACAUUUCCAUCCCUGUAAAAUAUGAAGCUGGACUACAGUUUUACAGCUCUGCAAGUGAAUACCAUAUUUCAAUUGCGGCCAAUGAGACAGUCCCUGAAGUUAUUAGUUCUACUGUGGACAUUGGAAAUGAAAUUAAUAUCUUCUACCUGAUUAGAAAAACUGGGCAUUUUCCCAUGCCAGAACUUAAGCUGUCAAUUUCAUUUCCCAACAUGACAUCAGAUGGUUUUCCUGUGCUGUAUCCAAGUGGGUGGUCAUCCUCUGAGAAUGUCAACUGCAGACCCAGUAGCCUCCAGGAUCCUUUUGGUAUCAACUCGGGGAAGAAAAUGAUGAUAUCCAAAUCUCAAGAUUUCAAACGGGGCACCAUUCAGGACUGCAGUGCAUGUAAGUUUGCCACCAUCACGUGUAAUCUGAUUCCUUCUGACAUAAGCCAAGUGAAUGUUUCACUUAUCUUAUGGAAACCAACUUUUAUAAAAACACAUUUUUCCAGCUUAAAUCUUACUGUAAGGGCAGAACUUCAGAGUGAAAAUACAUCACUAGUUUUAAGUGCUGGCAAUCACAAAAGAGAGCUCGCUAUUCAGGUGUCCAAGGACGGGCUGCCGGGCAGAGUGCCGCUGUGGGUCAUCCUGCUGAGCGCCUUCGCGGGGCUGCUGCUGCUGCUGCUGCUCAUACUGGCGCUGUGGAAGAUUGGAUUCUUCAAAAGACCACUAAAGAAGAAAAUGGAGAAAUGAAAUAUUUUAUAAGAGAAGAAAUAAUUAUUCAAUGAUCUAUCCUCAGGUUUGCCUCAAAUAUGUGACAAGAAAUCUAUAAAUACAAUUAAAGAUAUAGUCACAUAACGUUAUGUAAUCCAUCAGGGAUUAAUCACUUAGAAAAUGACAGAUCAAGCAAGAUCCAAAAACAAUACCUUAAAGAUAUAUUUUAUAAAGUGUUGAAAAAUAUUUUCCAAUAAUUACUCAUUUUUAUUGAGUAUUUAAGCAAACUUACAAAAUGUUUUGAAGAUGAAAAAUAACCUGUACAAAUAUGUUUAUAUAUUAAAUCAGCAUUCAAAGUAUUUAAGGAAUACAUAAAAAGAUUUUUAUGAUCAUUGAAACAUUUACCUUCAAAAUAGCAUGAAUUAAGCUUUUUCCAUUGAUUCCUGGUGGAUAUCCACAUUCAGCAAGAGAGUCAACAUUUGUAAAUGCCAAGGAAGGAAUUUUACCUGAAAAAGAUCACUUCCCCCCAUUUAAAUGAAAAAAUUUCCCAGGUGGAGUCUAUAUACAAUAUGGACUGAACAUAGAAUUAAGUCACAGAGAAUAUAUUCAGCAUCUUUGUGUUGGGUUCUAUACUUGGAAAGUUUUCUUUUCAAAGUGUUUGGAAAAUAGUAUAAUUGAGCUGAAAUUCUAUCUAGGAUAGAAAAUCAAGAUAGACUUGUUUAAAAGCAAGUGCACUGAGUGGAUUAAUUUAAGCUUUUACAAAACACGCUAAAUUUUGGUAUUGAACUCUAAAACUCAAAACUCUUUUAUACUGAAAAAGCACAGCAGUUUUAUGUGGCAUAACAGGGAUUUGCCAUGAAAAGUUACGUUGAGCAUGGGAUAUGCUCACAUGGUUUCUGAAUGGGAAGGAAAAUGUCGAUGGAUGUCACAGAAAUGCUGGGCAUCUUUUGAACACAGAAGGUCCCAGGAUGUAACCCAAUGUAGGAGUUGUCUCAUCCCCUUGGUACAUGGUUCAUUCAAACGCUCAAGCUGUGAGAGUAUGUUUAUUUUUCAUCUUUUGAAAGGUAUUUAAUUUUCCAAACACAAUUCUUCUUUCUAUGAAAAGGCAGUAUUCCAUUUCAGUAUUGCAUUUCACCAACAAGCCACUGCUUUUUGAGUGUGGCAUAUCAAUAUUUAAGUAGAUCUCUGGAAAUGUAUUUUAUAGAAUUUCAAGUUUGAAACCUCGCACCAACAGAAAGACAUCACACCUUUGUAUGAGCUUCUUUGUUCUUGAAGUAAUCAUCGUGGUGCAUCGGACUCUACUGUAGCAUAAGCUCCUAGAUAGCUCCAUUUCUUAGGAAAAAAACGAUGAAUGAAUGUACAUGUGAACUACUGCUGUAAAGCUGGCUGAUGCUCCUGCAACAACUCCAUCUCUCUGCUUGAUUGACCAUCACAAGAUCAGAACCUGUGUUUAUCCAGGAAGUCCUGGACUCUACUGUUCUCAAAAAGCAGCAAAUCUGUGGAGAAAUUAAAUGCCAUGGAUUUAAGUUUUAAAAACUAAUUUCCGUGGAAUUAUCUGGACUCAGAGGCGGCCUACCUCAUGGCUCUCUACAUCUACAUCUAAAAUCCUGAUGGUCAAAGACAUGCACCUGGGGAGUGCUGAGGUCAUCAGUAGCUAUAAGAAAGGCUAAGUCCUUCCAGAGAUUUGGUAUCCUGUUGCUGGCCUGUCAUUGUUCAGAAAUGUCCAGUUUUAGAAUUUUCUUCAUUCCUGCUAUCUGUCUCCAGGUUCUGAAAUCAUUCUUUCCACCUGUCCUCCUUUGCCCAACAAAACUGAGGUCCCUCACGUUCGGAGUCACCAUGGUGCACAGCUCCAGGGCACAACCUGCUCAGCAGCUCUGCUCUAAGCUCAGCACGUUCUUAGAAAUAAACCUAACAGAUAAAAGUUUUAACAAUUCAUACUUGUCCUCUGAUUCCUAGGCAAAGUAGUCAUUGAAACUGGAGCAUGCACAUUUCAACUAAAUGUGUUGUUAACCCAAACGGGAAAAAUAGAAAAGAUGGCAUUUUGAACAUUUUAGAAAAGAGAGGAAGAGCUGUUUGGCCAGAUCAAAUAGCUGCUUCCAAGUCUGGCACCGUUUUUAACACAAGUCAUUCCUGGUUUUUAAGUAGAGUGUUAAAUGAGCCAGAUGUUCUACUUCCCUCAUAUUGUGAUUUGUUGAGGUUAUGUGUGUACAUGUCUGUGCAUCUGUGCACACAUAUGUAUAAGCACAUGCACGCUCACACACCCACACACACACAUGCGUGCACGCAUGGACACAAAUUGAAGAAAAAAUACCUCAACACCAAACAACAGAGUUUACAAGAAAUAAACAAAGAAAAGCUACACCACAAGGAAAGUUUGAUUCAUCCACUUUGGGUAUAGUUCUCACUUUCAUUAAUAUUUAAUUUUAGCAUACAGUUAUGCAAGUGUCUAAAAAUCACCAAUGUAGAAACUUUGACUAAAAUAAGUCAACGGAUGUCCCAAAUUCACUCUGUACAAAUGUCCUAAAACAUAGUCAAUGAUUAAGAAAUAUACUAAGCUCUACUCUUAUAUUUUAAAACAUUUAAUAAGAAAAGUGAUAUUUAAGACAAUUUAUGAGCUUAUUGGUUAAAUUAAAUUGCAAAAACCUUCUUUUAUCUUUGGUAUUCUUUUUAAUUAAUUAUUGCUUCCACUGUGGACUGAACUAUGUAUAAAGUCCCAAUAGGAAAAAAAAUCCCUGAUUUAUGUCAUUUUCCAGUUUUCAGGAUCUAAAUAGUUUCGUCAGGGCCAUUUUCAAGCUACCAACAUAACCCUAACCAGCUUGCAGAAUUCCUGAAAAUGUGUUGCCAGCUCUCAUGAGCCAGUAUGAGCUGGCUUCAGAGCACCACUGAGAUAAGUUAGAUGACAAUGAUAGAUAGAUAGAUGAUAGAUAGAUAUAGAUGAUAGAUAAAUAGAAAUAUAACAUAUAUAUAUACACAAACAUGCACCAUACAAUCAUAUUUCAAAUUAUUCUUAAAAUGCUGAUCUCAAGCCCAGCAGACAAAGUGCUAGUUCCCCAUUCUUCAAUUUCAGUUUCUAAAAUUAUAGUCCUCCUUUAAUAUUAAUAAAAUGAUAUGAACUUGCAGGAAAAGGAAGAAGUUGAAAGAAAGAAAAAAAAAUGUAUAUAUAUAUAAAGGGUAACACACAGUGAAAUUCAAACCUAAAUAGCCGCAAAGAAGCUGUUUCACUUCCUCUAGGAAUCCAGAGCCCUGGAGCCAAUGCUGUGAAAAGUCAUCCUUUGUAAAUAUUUGUAAUUUCUGUGAUCCAGUUUGAACUUCAGUGAUCCAAUUUGUUCAGUUAUUUUCUCCAAGCAAUAGAUUCUUGGGCAAUUUAAUCACAGAAUAUUUUCUGUGUCAUAACUGUGCUUGAAAUGAGGCUUGUGGAAGAACAUAUUUUACAAAACUUGAUGUUUACUCAACCAUACCAAUUUCUAAUUUUACCUUUUAUAAAACCAAUAUCUAGGCUCAAGUAGAAAACAAACAUUGGCACCAAAGCAGAAAGGGGUUGCGAAGCGCUGGGUAAAGUAAAGCUGGGUGUGAGGAGAGGCUGCAGGAAGGUUGGCCCCGAAGGGCCACGGCUUGCACCUGUGAUGAGCUGCCCGCCCGCCUCUCUGCACGGCCCUUUCCUACAGGAUACGCUCUCUGUCCAGCAUGUUGUAAUCUGCCCGGUGUGAAUUCACUGUAUACCUUCGCACAGCACUGAGAAAACGAAGGAAGACCCAGGCUCAGAGCAUGGUCCAUGUGCCCAAGGACAGUCACAGUAUUGUUCAAAUAAAGAGGCUUCUGGCAAAUCAGUCUUUUAAAAAUAGUGUCCUAUGUUUCCUUUGUUGAUUUUCAGCACCUCUCAAGUCUCGCUCCAUGAGUCUCUCCCCCAAGGGAGAUUUUCAAGAAGACUACUAGAGAAAAAUCUGUUUAAAGCGUGUGCUCUGCUUGCUGUGAAUACCAGCUUCUGGGAUUUGGUCAUUUACACGAGAUGUCGGUCCUCCGUUCUGUGGCAGCCUAGAGGGUUGGUAUGGUAACUGUAGCAGGGAGAAAAUGAAAGGCACUGCAGAUCUGGAACAUCUUUAAGAAAUUUACCAACCGUUACUGGGACACUAUUAGCAGCCAGGCCAGUGGGGGCUGGCAGGAUUUAGCCCUACAGUGGGUCUCCACCAGCACCCCCUAAUCCCCAUCCUUACCCAUGGAAAUUAUAACCUAAAAAGUGAAAAGAAGAGCUUUAAAAUCCUGGAGAUGAUGCUACCGUCUCAUUAAAAUACACGAUUUCGCUGUCAACAGCAGGCAUUUUAAUGCAAACACAACUUCAAGGUGAAUCUACUGGGCAGCCCUUCCAAUCAGACCGCUGUCUCUAAAUACCUCCUACCCAGAAAUUCUGAAACCGCCACUGGACGUGAACUCUGCAGCGCAUUGCUAAGGAUUAAAGGCUGCCGUUUCAAUGGGAGCACUGCUGUGCAACAUCUUAAGUAGAACCAUAAAAAAGAGAGUUAAAAUCUAACACUGUAAUCUGGUGGCCAAGUCAGUAUUUUUUAUCUUCAUCUUAAAAUUCAACCUUGAAUUUAGCCAUUCCAAGUAACAGGCUUGAACCAUCCACCCUGAAGGAAGGUAAAAGGGCGUGUGUAGGCUCUUCAGCCCCACCCGCAUUGUCCCCUACACAUGGUGCCCAGGAGGUCCGGUUCUUAACUGAUGAGAGUGGAUCCUCUGCCCCUAUAAAUGGCCUGAGCUCCCAAAUCUGCUACAUCCCAAGAUCAGCCCUCCCACAUCAGACAUGCACAUAAGCACGGACUGCAAUGUUACCGUACCAAAACAUAUACAAGGAUGAGUUAUCACUUCUAAUGUUGGACUCCUUGCUUUGAGAUCAGCUUUUUUUUUUUCUUUUAAAAUAUUUUAAAGCCUUUCUCUCAUAACUCAGUUCAGAACUUUAUACAAGACUGCUUUGCAUUUUCCUCCCAUCACAGGCUAGAGAAUUUCAAUGCCAUGAAGACUGGCCAGUAAGACCCAGGGCCCACUUGCAGGACCUCUCUGCUUUCUGUCAUCCAGUUGGCUUCUUCUCUUCUCAACUGCACAGUGGGGAUGUUCGGUUUUAAUUUGGGUCUUCUUGGCAAGGCCAUGCUAAGCCUGGUGCCCCUUGCAGACCUUGAGGGCUAGAUGUUCUUUAUUGGUGCGUUGAGGCUUAGAAAUCCUUUAAUUAUCUGACACACCGUGGAAAUCAUGGCAACAUACUAGGCAGAUACCAGCGACACUCAUAACUGUGAUUAUCUUUGAUCUUACCAUAUUAGAAGUCACAUCUUGAUGAAAAAAGUUUGUCUGGAAUUUCAGAGACUGAGACUCAGUGUUUAAUCUUUUAUUUCAGUUUGAUCUAUGCAUAGAGAGUGGGGACAAAACUUUUACAAGAAAUCUUCCAAAUGACAGAAUGAAAGCCAGGAUUGAACAAUCUUCUACUGACAGUCCCUGUCCCCAACCCUGUUUUUCAAGAGAUGGAAAGAUGACUGGAUGGGGGAACGUGAGUGGCAUAAUUAUUUCUUUCUGCUACAGAGUAGCCAAGCACAAGGGAGUCACCACGCAUCAUAGGUCCAGUGACAGGUGACAGUCUUCCUGCCAUGCCCCUGAGGCAUGUUGCAUUUUGAGAGACAGGAAAAAAAAAAUGUGGGAGAGGGAGGGGAUGAAGCUAUUCAUCUUUUAUGUUCACACCAUUACUCCUCAAAAUACUGUAAGCUUCCUCAGCCUGCAUCAUACCCGGCCACAGUACUAACACAUGUACUUCAUACAAGUAAAUUGUUGAUUAAAUAAGAGUAAAAGUAUAUUCUCACCUGUCUAUUAACUAGGGCUAAUUUCCUGAAGUUUAAUAUACGUUGGCGCAAGUAAAAACAAUAAUUUGAAGCAGCAAACACUCAGACCUUCUUCUCUCUAGAACCAUUUCACACAGUACAUCCAGAUACUUCGUGUUUGAGAGAUACGCCUGCCUUUUUUCAGGAUGCAGCAGCGGCCCUCUGCAUUCCUUAUAAGGAAACACUGGCCCGAAAGGAGAGUGGUGUACUGUGUGCUACUACUAUUAGGCUGUAAAAUUGUUAACUGACAGCGUAAAAAACUGUGCCCCUUUUAUUAAAAAGAAAAACAUUGUGUGUAAUAGCUACUAUCCUGAAACAUGUAUCAUACUCACUCCAAUAAGCUCUGCUGCAUGGUCUAAUAUAAAGUAUAUUCAUUGCUUGUUUUUUUUUAUUUACCGCAGAAUAAACUCAUUAAAAUGAAUAGCCUAAGGGUGUGUGCAUUUCUGCAAGGCUUUUACUGGAUCAACUUGUUAGAAGAAAAUAUUUUGAUUAUAUUUAAGAACAAAGAAGCAUGAACUUUGCUGAUUCUAACAAUUUAUUAAGUGCCUAAUUUCAACCCAUUUAAAGAAAGAAAUUGGUUCCCAGACAGCAAUGAUUUAAGAUGAUAUAAUUAGAAAUAGCUGAGAAAGUAAAAGAGUAUUUUGAAUGUUCUAUGUAUGGUGCAUCCUGUACACUGAUUUGAGGUCAGAGGUUUGGUAUUUUGUAAAAUUCUAUCUUAUCUUGUGCGUCAGCUGUGUAUUUUGCGUCAAGGUAAAUGAGCAUCCUGUCUUAUAUGUUAAAUAAAAAAAAUAACUCUUUCAAAGAAGAA